CAGAUAAUAAGAAAACAAGAACUGUCGAAGAAUAAGCAUUUGAACGAAAGUCUUAAUAUAUCAAAACAUUCGUUUGUCCAUAUAGUAUAUAACCCAAAUUUGCGAAAUGAACUCGACCUAUGCCUAUGCUUACAAAAUUUGUCUCUACGACAUGUUCGAAUAAUAUACCCCUUCUCUUAUUGAGUAGGCAUAAAAUUUAUCCAUACUUUUUACGUCUACGCACUGCACCAUUUCGUCUGUCGUUGUAUAUCGUGUUGUAAAAAAAAAGUGAGAAACAGAGAGCGUGCAAAACAGUGGCGGUGAGAACCUUGAUACAAGUUUUAUUUGUCGUCAAAUCAGCUGAUGAUCAAAGAACUGGGAAUAAUAUUAUUUUUUUUUGCUGACACACGUCAAACGAACCAUCGAAUGGAAUAUACAGCUCGUUCCUAAUGUGAACUUGGCACUAUUCUAGAUUAUUGCCGUUGCCACCAGUACACCAUCAAGGAACGAUGGGUAAUGCAGGAAGUAAUCAACCAGUGAAUCAUCAUCACGGUGGUACAGUAGCACGGGACAGUCACAGACACAAUAAAGAUCAUCCUCCUCCGUCGCCUAGCAAAGAUGGUCAAGCGUUUGUUUUUGCCAAAAAGCCUAGCCAAAAGCUUGUCUUCCAGUCUUCGCACGAGGAGGAGGAGCCAUAUUUCUCAAAGGAUGGCGACAAUUUCGGAACUCCGCGUCCCCGAUCCAACACGGUGUCGGAAGGAACCAAAGUAUCGGACAGCAAAGUUUUACCAACUGUUUUCAAGUGGGAAGGAGGUGGCAAACAAGUUUAUAUAAGCGGUACUUUUUCGGGUUGGAAAACAUUACCAAUGGUCAAGAGUCACGGUGAUUUUGUGACUAUAAUAGAUUUGCCAGAAGGAGAGCAUCAGUACAAAUUUUAUGUUGACGGAGAGUGGAGACAUGAUCCUGGUUUGAAAAUCGUCGACAAUGGUCUUGGUGCUAAAAACAAUAUGGUAUCAGUGAAAAAAUCCGAUUUCGAGGUGUUUCAAGCUCUAGCGAAAGACAGCGAGGGUGUUACGAGCAGUGCUCAAACCGAGUACGGCCAGGACAUACCGCCACAGAAACCAUGGGAAAAAGUAGCUGGUCCACCAAUCUUACCGCCUCAUUUACUGCAAGUUAUUCUGAACAAAGACACGCCUUUGUCCUGCGAACCAACAUUGCUCCCCGAGCCAAAUCACGUUAUGUUGAAUCACUUGUACGCCUUGAGCAUCAAGGACAGCGUAAUGGUGCUCUCAGCGACGCACCGUUACCGUAAAAAAUACGUCACGACUCUUCUUUACAAGCCGAUUUAACCGCUGUUAUUUUUCGAAAAUUCAGUUUUUAUUACCUUCAGCGGUUUUAUACAUAUAUAUAUAUACACACGUACACAUACACACACACACACGAAACUAUAUUAAAAUUAUUAUCUUUAUGAAUAGGGAUGCAAAGAGCAAAUGUCAACUCGAUUCGAGACGAAGUGAUUGAUUUUUUUUGUAGAUCAGAUAUUAUUUAUGAUAAUAAAAAAAAUGGUAUGUGGAAAA